CGCGGGGGAGGCUCUUGCUUUGGCGCCGACUCCAGGAGCCCCCCGGCCGCCGCCAGCCCCUGCUCGCCCGCCCGCCGAGCCGCGAAGGAGGUGCCUGGAAGGGAGACCGGCCAUGUCUGACCCAGCUCAGCAACCUGCCCCUGGGGCAGGAGAAGGUGGUGAUGGGGCAGGAGGCGCCCCGGGGCAGCCUCCAAACUUGACCAGCAAUCGCCGUCUGCAACAGACUCAAGCCCAAGUAGAGGAAGUGGUGGAUAUCAUGCGCGUGAAUGUGGACAAAGUCUUGGAGCGAGACCAGAAGCUAUCAGAACUCGACGAGCGAGCGGAUGCCCUCCAAGCUGGGGCCCAGGUGUUUGAAAGUAGCGCAGCAGCUCUCAAGAGGAAGUACUGGUGGAAAAACUGUAAGAUGAUGAUCAUGCUGGGAGUGAUCUGCGCUAUCGUGGUGAUUGCAAUUGCACUUUAUUUUUUUACCUGAAAACGUGGUUCCCCUCUUCCCUCCAGUCUGCCGCCUCCUCCCCCGUCCUCCCUUUCCUAGCCCCGCCCCCUCUCCCCUUUCUCUUCCCUUCUCCCCGUCAUUCCGGCUUCCUCAUCGGUGCCCCCGUUUACUUUUGCUUGCCUUCCAUAGAGACACCAAUGUGCUCUUCCUGGAUUUCAGUUGAACCCCCUUCAUAGCUGCCGCCACCCCUGAGAGAACCAGCUCUUCUGUUUAUUUUUUUGAAAGUAGCAAUGGGGCCUCGUAGACGUGGAUGGGGGGUGAGUGGGUUGGCCGGUAAGACUCUGCCGAUUAUAUGCGGGUUUCAGUUUCCAUGCGAGUUUCCGCUCUCCGCUUCUUCUUACCCUGGUGCUUCAGGGCAAUUUUGUUCGGCCUGACCUUGAUGCUGUUGCUCGGAAGGACAAGGUAGGAAUCGGGGGUGCAGGAAGAGGCCUGGCCCUCUCCCCACAGUGGAGGUCCCCAAUGUUGUGACCACAGGAGUGGAAUUAAUUAAUUACUGUAUGGGAUUGUGUGUAGUCUAG